UGCCGAGCUCAGCAGGGGAAGCGCGGCGCUCUACUCCACUCCGCUUCACGCCAGAUCCAACCUCACCAGCUCGCCCCCAUGGCCGUCCACCUCCUCCUUGCCGUUGCCGUCGCUCUCCUCCUCUGCCCCGGGGAUGCGUCCGUGCACGACUACCGCGGGCUCAGCUUUGCCAACAAGGGCAACGCCUUCAUUCUCCACGCCGGCAGCGAGGGCCUCUACGCGGCCUCCCACGCCAACACCACCGCCGAGGACGACGAGGACACCGCCGCGGUGGCCGACGCCUUCAUCCGGUUUGACAAGGUUACUUUUAGACGACCAGAAGAUACUAACGAUUCUGUGAAGGAGACUAGUUCAGCUAAGGUUCACAUACUUGUUUUUGAGGUAGAAGACCGUGAAAUGAUUGGUGGAUCUGCCUAUGGAGGUCAGAAGGCUAUUUGUUGUAGUUCAGAUCUUGCAAAAUUAGGAGCUUGCAAAGAAGGUUCUGUCAUCUAUCGCCCAUCCCAGGUAAAUCCUGGUUGGCCAAAGUUGUUUGUUGCAUCUUUUGAGGGAAGUGAUCUGAUCGCAACGCUGCCGUCAAGGACCAUUCAAAUUACCAAAACUGGGAUGUACAAUAUGUACUUUAUACAUUGUGAUCCUUCACUUGCUAGUUUGGAAAUCGAGGGGAAAACCAUAUGGAAAAAUCCUACUGGGUAUCUUCCAGGUCGGAUGGCGCCUCUUAAGAACUUUUUUGGACUGAUGUCUUUUGCAUUUGUUGUGCUUGGGAUCUACUGGUUUUAUCAGUACAUGAAAUCUUGGAAAGAGGUUCUUCCACUUCAGAACUGUAUUACUCUUGUGAUUACACUAGGCAUGCUUGAGAUGGCAUUGUGGUAUUUUGAGUAUGCUGAGUUCAAUGAGACUGGAGUUCGGCCAAAAGGUAUCACAUUUUGGGCUGUCACGUUUGGAACUGUGAAGAGGACGGCUGCUGAAGUUAUUGUCCUCAUUGUCUCAAUGGGAUAUGGUGUUGUCGCACCUACCUUGGGUGGCUUGACAUCGAAAGUGGUCAUGCUUGGAGGAACGUUCUUUCUAGCAACAGAAAUUCUUGAGUUGGUAGAAAAUCUUGGUGCUGUUAAUGAUCUAUCUGGAAAAGCUCGUCUGUUCUUGGUCUAUCCAGUGGCCAUUUUAGAUGCCGCAUUUGUUGUUUGGAUAUUUAUUUCUUUAGCUAAGACCAUCGGUAAACUUCAGGCAAGAAGGUUGAUGGCCAAACUUGACAUUUAUAGGAAAUUUGCAACUGCAUUGAUUGUAUCUGUUCUGGUGUCCGUUGGGUGGAUUGGCUAUGAGAUUUACUCCAAAUCAACAGAUGUAUUUAACGAACGAUGGCAGCAUGCCUGGAUCAUUCCUGCCUUCUGGCAUGUCUUGUCUUUCUUACUUCUUUGUGUCAUUUGCUACCUGUGGGCACCUUCACAGAACUCAAUGAGAUUUUCCUACGACGCAAGCGAAUUCUUUGAUCGAAAGGACAAUCUGUCAUUAAUUAGGCCAGCAACGAGUGCUUCCAAGAACGGCUGGAGUUUAUCUUCUGCGCCAGAGGCCAAAGCAACAAAGGACGUGAAUACAGUUGCAGAUUUUGAAGGCGAUGAUGAGGAAAACAAAAGGGAGUAGAAUGUACUGUCGAUUUGGUUAGGGGAGGGUAUAUUCUGAGAUCAUUUGAAGUGGGUGCUAGAGCAGUUUUGGUACUUAGGAGAGGACUGGCCAUGCUAAUUACUACCAGUGGAGCACGCCACUUGUGGCUGUUUCUUUCUUUGGUUCAUUACCACCACAGUUCUUCGCAUGGGUGGCUAGUUAUGUACUUAUGUUGUCAUCGUCAUAGUCUGAAUGAUGGUUAUGAUAGGGGGGAAAAUAGUCUGGUGUAUAAUAUUUAUAUUAUUGGCACCAUAUUGCUUCUGGAUCGUGGGAACUCUACAUAUGCUGCGAAUGUUAGAGAAUAAAUUGUUUUGCUGGACCUUUGCUAGAAUUCC